AUGAGUGUUCUAUUAUUGCAAUCUUCACCACCGAAACUACAAGAUGUGCAAAAGAAAAUAUUUAGCAAAGAUGCAUUGAAUUUCAUAGCAAACCUUCACAGAGAAUUUGAUACCAGAAUUGAUAAACUUUAUAAUGAACGUUUGCGGCGUUCUGCUUUAAAGUCAACUGAGGGUCUUAAGUUUAAAGUUUCUCCAGAACGUAAUGAUAAAAGUUGGAAAGUUGGUCCUUUACCAAUAAGGCUUCAAAACCGUCACUUAGAUUUAGGUGAUGUUUCGCCAUCCAACACAGCUCAUUUCACCGCAGCUUUAAAAGCAGAUGUUCAAGGAGUGCAGGUCGAUUUUGAUGAUGGUCAUUGCCCUACUUGGAGGAAUCAAUUGAUGGCAUUUAAUAAUAUAUAUUUGGCUGUUCAUGGAAAACUUCAAGGAGCCCCCAUUAGUAUAGCAACCUGCCCAAUUCUCAUGCUUAGACCGAGAGCUUGGAAUAUGAUAGAUCAUGAUAUUCUUAUUGAUGGCAAGGAGGCAAUAGGUCCCUUAGUAGAUUUUGGUAUUCUUAUGUAUCAUAAUGCUAAGAAGCUGUAUGAAGCCAAUAGUGGACCAUAUUUUUACUUAUCAAAACUAGAAGGAGCAAAUGAAGCGGAACUUUGGAAUGAGAUUUUUGUAUGGACACAAAAACAACUCGACCUACCCUAUGGAACUAUCAAGGCCUGUGUUUUAAUAGAAAAUAUUCUCUCUACAUUUGAGUUAGAGGAAAUUUUAUUUGAACUUAAGGACCAUUGUAUGGGUUUAAAUUGUGGGAUAUGGGAUUAUUGUGCAUCAAUAAUAGCAAAGUUUGGGGACAGAAAGGAAUUUUUACUUCCUGAUAGAAAUAAGUAUGUUAAUAUGGACCGCAAGUUUCUUGAUAGCUAUAUGAAGAUAGUUGUCAAUACAUGUCACGCCAGAGGUGCUUUAGCCACUGGUGGAAUGGCUGCAGCUGUACUGAAUCCAGGAACAGAUGGGAAUGAUAAUGGGUCAAAGAAAAUUAUAAAUAAGGUUCUGGAAGCCAAAAUGAAAGAAAUAGAAUCUGGUGUAGAUGGUUUCAUGGUGUAUGAUUCACGUAUAGUUCCCCAUGUCAAUGAAUUAUGGAAAAAGAGUGGAGCUUUACCGAAUCAGAUCCAUCGUAUUUUAGACUUGAAUGUUACUGCACAAGAUUUAUUGACAAUUCCAAGCGGAGGUGUAACCAUGCAAGGUCUAAAACACAACGUAGCAGUCGCUAUCUUGUUUAUUUAUCACUGGUUGGCGGGAAUCGGACAUUUCUUUUAUAAUAGCAACGUAGAAGAUUCAGCCACAGCUGAGAUUUCGAGAGCACAAAUAUGGCAAUGGAUCAGAUUUGGGCCCGCUUUAGAAGAUGAUCUAAAUAUAAAUGUUACACCAAAACUUGUGGAAAAGGUUGCAUCAAAUUUUGCUUCACACGCCCACAAAAAUCUUUGUCGAUCGAACGCUGAAAGAAAACGUCUAACAGCAGCCAAAUAUAUGUGUUUGGAGCUAUUUCUAUCAAGAAAUCCACCUGAGUUUAUAACAAGCUAUUUAAAUGACAAUCAUAAAUUCAGGACAUUACAUAACAAAUCUCUAUUGAGUAAUCUUUAA